AUGAACCCACUUAGCUCCCAGCCCCGCUACAUCUACAAGAUCAUCCCCUCCACCGCGCCGGUCCGCGAACCACUCCCGGAGCGACUCCCAGUCAGCGACCUGGACCAGAGUUCGGGAUUCAUCCACCUUUCCACAGCUCAUCAAGUCCCAAACACAAUAAAAGCCUUUUUUGCUGGGGAACCGAUUGUGUAUGUGUUGCGCAUCGAGUAUGCCCGCGUGAUUCCUGAUAUCCGUUGGGAGUCUCCCGAUGGCAAAGUCUGCGGUCCGCGGCCUGGAGAGGGACUAUUCCCGCAUCUUUACAACGGACUUAAGCUAGGCAUUGACGAGGUCGAAAGCAUUGCGAUCUGGCAGAAUGAAGAUGGAUGGGAUAAAGCUCUGUAUGGGGCAAAGCCAUGGCUCUUGUACUAA